AUGGAUCCUAACAACCCUGAUUUUUCGAAUCAUUUCUCUGAUUUGGGUGAUGAUUUUGUCACUAAUCCUCGUUUCCAGCUUUUCCUACAAAGGCUUGGAAACACUUCUUUGCAAAAUUCACCACAUCAAACACCUCAUCAAACUCCUUUCGAAAACACUACCUAUGAACCACAUUCACCUUUUGUUUAUCAAGGGACCAAUUCUCAAUCUGAUGAUGAAAUGGAAGAACCUGUUCCAGACACUCCUCAAUACUCUCCACAUCCUCCAAGAGGGUCUGUGAAUCAAAACCAACCAUCUCCAAAAGCAAGUCGAAUGUGGUCUGUUGCGGAGGAUGAAGCUCUAAUUGGUUUGUAUCUUCAAUUUAGUGAAGAUGCAAUUGUUGGUACAAACCAAAAAGCAGCUGCGCUCUGGCGAAAAAUAUAUGUGGCAUAUGAUCAAGCGCGCUCUGAGAAACCCCACAUCCUACCGCCAAGACCUUUGAGGAGUUUAGAAAGCCGUUGGAGAAGGAUGGCAACUGAUUUAAUACAAUGGAGUAGUUGCUAUGACGAAGCUGGAAGGGCAACUGGCAGUGGUUACAACGAAGCAGACCGAAUUCAUAAUGCGAGUAAGUUAUUCUAUAUUUCCUCCAAGCCUACUCCACAUAAUUUUAAUUGUCACCAUGGUUGGGAAAUGGUUAAAAAUGACCCGAAGUGGAGGACAAAACUGAGAUGGGCGUUGUCAAGAGAGGAAAGAUUAGCUUGCGGUGAUGCUGUCGAAGAUGACAGUAGCGGAAGUGAAAAGCGGUGUAGAACUGAAGAUGAAGAUGUUGUUCCCGUUACCGGUUUCAUUUCUGGGGGUCUUCCUCGACCUGAGGGCGUUAAAAAGGCAAAGUCCGGGCUUAAUAAGGGAAAAGGAGUGGCUUUUGAUGUCUCUAACAUUACUGAGCAAAUGUAG